AUGGGCCCCAAUAUGUGGAAUUUCACAGUCCGAGGAGCGAUCAUUCCAGAUAUAUCAGAGAUAACAGAUGUAAUGACAGAAAAGGAGACCGCGACAAUGCCACAAUCGGAUAUAUCCAAAAUAAAAGUUAAAGAUUUGUUCUUAGGUACGUAUACGUGAUUCGGCAAUUUUAUACGAUAUGCUAUAGAGUUCAUACAGAUACAGCAGUACUCAUUAAAUUUCCAAUGAGGAAAUGUCAUGAAAGUUAGUAAAGCCCGGAUCAAACGUCAUUCUCGUGACUUUCGCUUUGCCUUUUUGUUCGCGGCUGUUGUCAACUGUGUUUUGUCGUUUAUUGUUUUUAUGUUAAGUAAUACGAGCAACAAAUUGCAGCAAUUUCUCGCGCAACAUACGACUUAAAGCAGUGGUAUUUUAGAAAAAUGCCAUAAGCUAAUGAAUGUUCACAAAAGUGUUCUAAUUUAUGCAUGUACAUUUUAAAUUAACAUCCCUUGGGACAAGAUGUUGCGAGAGAAAUUGCAGCAAUUUGUUGUCCUCGUAUUACAAUACAGCACCUUUACAUGCAUGUUAGUUCAUUUAUUUCAAGAUUCAAUGCCUCAGCAUAAGAAGGUAUGGGAUCAAUGGUGUGAUGGAUAUUAUUUGGAGCUACUCAAUCAGAGUUUAAAUGGUAUCCCUACGCCACCAAAGCCUUUCGGAGAAAUGCGUGAGGCAGAAUUCAAUUCGUGGCUCUCCAGAAUCGACUUUGCUAAACACAAUAGUGAAACCGAGAAAAAGUUUAAGAUUAAUCCUCCUUCAAAACAAGAACGCUGCUCAAGCAGCCAGAGCUCUAAGACAGAAGUUGUCAACCUUAAGCUGUCAUUAGAAGACAAUUCAACCCUCACCGGCACGGCAGAGAUUCUUGAACAAUUUGGCAAAGAGUUUUCAAUCCCCUGUCCUAAGAAUUAUGAAAUUCCCUUUAAUCAGACCGGCAAGAAAUUUGAAAUAAAUUCUGCCCGGAUGCAAUACGAAUUUGUGAGGUCGGUGGAAUUACACAGAACGGAAAUGCUCGAAACUGAGAAGCAAAUGCGGUCUCGUGAAAAACAGCUAGAUAUACCAGAUGAAAAUAAUAGCGGAUCGGAUACUAAUUCAAGUGAAGAUAGCGAUACAAAUGGCAUAGAACGCGUUGCUGAAAGAACUGUUCAACAAGAAAGCGAAACCUUCAAAGAUUUGUACGCGCGAAUUUCAAGACAGACCACACAUAUCACCCACUCUAAUGAAGAUGACCCACUGGGCAUCUUGAUACAGCAACUUUCGAACGAUGUCGAGAAAAUUAACGGGAUAACAGAUCAGUAUGGAAGAACAAUUUUUAGCUUUUCUGUUGAACUGAAAAACUACGUUUUAGUGAAGGUAUUACUAUCGAUUGGGAUAAACCCUAAUGUUAAAGAAGGGUGUGGAGCUACCGCUAUGACUAUUGCUGUUCUUAACAAUGAUCUUACCAUGUGCAAACUUCUGUUGGAAAAUUUUGCAGAAUAUGAAGGAGCUCUAUUUGGCUCUUUCCCAAGUCCAUUGGAAAUGGCUACUGCAAUGGAAUUAACGACUAUUGUUCAGCUAUUUCACUCGCAUUCCCAAACAAAGGAAAGUCCAAUCAUAGAUGCUCUUCAAAGCUUUGACUAUAGUUUCAUCGACAAACAAACAUCCGACAAUUCAACAACCCAUUGUAUGGACACCGAAAGCAAUGCAAAAACUGCUAGCAAUCAUGCUUUCGAAUACAAAAGAUCACAAUACCAAGGUUUCCCAACUGCAGUUGUAGGUGACGUGGGGACAUGCAAAAUUAAUCGCAGCGUGAAGAACAGAAACAGCACUGCAUUUAGUUGGAUGACGGAGAUUCCAGGAGAUUUGCAUACGAAGGGACACUUGUGUGAAGCCGUAUUUAAAGCUCACGGUAAAGGCGGGUUUCACAAAAUAGUCAACAAUGUGAUGAAAAGACCCAAACUAACUAAAGAGGUCCUUAAAAAAAGGAAAUUUCAAGAGCAAAACCUCAGCCAUAUAAAAGAGAGUGUUAGAGAUGGGAGCAAUGCAUAUGGUUUUGCUGCGGUCCAAGAGUUCAAAGCGUCUGAAGAGUUUCCGUCACAAGAAGAAUUAACUGCAGCUCUGCGAAAGUCUGGAAAUCAUAAUGAUGUUUUGCUGAGCAAGUUCAAGAAAUGGUUAAAAAUUUGUGGUGAAUGUGAUGAUUCUCACCGAUAUCACCAACAAAUGUUUUCAAUAUUUGGCCCGCUAUUAGACAUGUACAUUGCUGCCAGCAGAGAAGGAGAUGGACUCCUCCGGGAAACGGUUUGGGUUCUGUUACUGCCAAUUUUCGCACAGCUCAAUUUUAGAAACUACUGGACAGAAGCAUUUGUACAUGUUGUAAAUUUCACUUCCCUAUGGCCAUUGGCUUUUAGACAAAUGAUGAAGAGAAACAUGUCAGUCAACCUUAAUGGAAAACAAGGUCAUAACAUCGAUAUGGACGAAUAUGUCGAAACAUAUAUUGUCAGGCCUUUGAAGACCUAUGCGUCUGGUAAGAUACUAAGUAUAAAAUGUAUCAGAUAAUAUAUACUUAUCACUUAUUUACCGAGACCGAGGGAAACAGUGUGUUUUGUGGACCCGAGACCGCCGUUGUUGCCCGAAGGCAACAACGGCGGUCGAGGGGCCACAAAAGACACUGCUUUCCCGAGGUCUCAGUAAAUAAGUGAUUUGUUAUAUAGUAUAUAAGUGUUAAAGUAUGAAUAAUUCACCGGUUAUUGAAGUGAACUUAAUUUGAAACCAAAACUGGAUAAAUGGAACGCCGUAAAUGUUUGGUAAAAAGUUUAAAAAAUUAACUUUGGAACUUCAUUGUUGACACGCAUGCGUAUUGCACCCAUUUUAUUAUUGACCGGUCAAUAAAUGUUUCAUUGCGGACCGGUUGCCGAACAUGACGUUUUGUGGACCGGCACGUGACACGGUUUUGACCAAUCGGCAAACAGAAAAAUUGAACUUUGACACUAUAUAACAAAGAAAAUUAUAGACGAUAUAUAAAAUUGUAUAGUUUUAUUAAUAUAUACAGGAUACAAACGUAAUAAAUAAAUAAAUAAAUAAAUGACUACAAAUUUAAAUCAUAAAAAAGCUAUUUACAAUAACCCUGAAUAUGAAGGCUUUUAAGUAACAUAUUACAUUCGUCUUAUUUUUUUAGGUCACACUUCAGUUCAAAUGUGUGAAAGAAUAAUGGGAAACCUCGAUGUGUUAGGAUCCGUAAGGCGUGCGUACUCGGAGCCUUUUCAUUUCCAUCAAACUACAAAGCACAAGGAACAAAGUUUUCUUCCAGACGUGGUCAAAGGAAUGUGGUUUUGCAUUGUUAACCACUUUUUCAAAGCUUCUACUGGCAAGGUGGUUAUGGAGUUUCCAUUAGGAAAUGCAACUGGACAAAAAAAAAAAAUUUCAAAGUCCUGUAUGGAUGUGGUGAUGAAGGGUGAAAAGAAAGUUGAAGAAAAAUUUGAAUCCAAACUUCACGAGAGCUUCCCAUCAUUUAGACGAAUAUCCUUGCGAAAUGUGCAAGUGUCCCAAAGUGCUCAAAUGUCGGACUGUGAGCAAGUGUCGGACAGUGAGUAA